AUGUGUUUGACGGAGCUUUGAGAGAUCCAAGAAUUUCUUUUUCUUUAUUUUUUUUUUUUAGAGAAAUUAUAAUUAUAGAAUAAAAAUAAAAAAGAAUAGAAUUGCAGUGGGUCUCAAUAGUCAUAACUGAUCUGACAUGGUAGCUUAAUUUAGUUUCCAUACACAGAAUCAGAAGAAAUGCCAACUUAGGAAGAUCUAAUCUUUUUCUCUUUCACACUUUAUAAUUAUUGUAAGAGAAAGUAUAUAACAAUUUAUUUUCUUUUAUAGAGAGAAAAAUAAAUUAUGGGUUGCACAUUUUCUGGUCUGAAUGCUCUAUACGACGCCGUUAAUGGAGGAGGAGACGUUUGGAUCAAUGAAAACAGGUUUCGGAUCGUUAGACAGCUAGGCGAGGGCGGUUUCGCCUAUGUCUACUUGGUCAAAGAGGUGCUGGUCACCGACACCUCUGCCAUCGCUGGUGGUGGUGGUCUUGCCAAGAAAGUCAAGGACACUUCUCAUCUCUCCGAUGAUGGAACAUAUGCAAUGAAGAAAGUAUUGAUUCAAAAUAAUGAGCAAUUAGAGUUAGUCAGAGAAGAGAUUCGUGUUUCGUCUUUGUUUAGUCACCCUAAUUUGCUUCCUCUUCUUGAUCAUGCUAUUAUUUCUGUUAAGGCUAAUCAAGAAGGCUCUUGGAAUCAUGAAGCAUACCUGUUAUUUCCUGUUCACUUGGAUGGAACCUUACUGGAUAAUUCCAAGGCUAUGAAAGCUAAAAAGGAGUUCUUUUCUACUUCAGAUGUUCUUCAAAUAUUUCGACAGCUUUGUGCUGGACUGAAACAUAUGCACAGUCUUGAUCCGCCGUAUGCACAUAAUGAUGUCAAACCUGGCAAUAUACUUUUAACACGUAGGAAAGGCCAACCACCUUUAGCAAUAUUGAUGGAUUUUGGGAGUGCUCGACCUGCAAGGAAGCAAAUUCGAUCUCGUUCAGAGGCACUACAAUUGCAGGAAUGGGCAUCUGAACAUUGUUCAGCACCCUUUAGAGCUCCUGAGUUGUGGGAUUGCCCAAGUCAUGCAGACAUUGACGAGAGAACUGAUAUUUGGUCAUUAGGAUGCACGCUAUAUGCCAUAAUGUAUGGGGUAUCUCCAUUUGAGUAUGCACUUGGAGAGUCUGGGGGGAGCUUACAAUUGGCCAUUGUAAAUGCGCAAAUAAAAUGGCCAGCUGGCCCCAAUCCUCCAUAUCCAGAAGCUCUACAUCAGUUUGUCAUCUGGAUGCUUCAGCCACAGGCAGCAGUUCGCCCUCGCAUCGACGACAUUAUAAUUCAUGUUGACAAGUUAAUCCUGAAGUUUUCCAAUUAAGGGAUUAUGGAACUAAAACAGUAUGCUUUGACGGUGCAGCAAUUGGACAUGCAUUUGAGCAACUAGGUUGUGCACCAAUGAGUGGCAGUAACAGAAAAUAGAAGUCCUUGUUAAAAAGAGGUACAGUCACAGAGAUGUUUGCUUUUUCUUGGAGUAGUUUUGGCAGUUGUGCGUUGGCUUAAUGUUAUUGUAUCAUUGUCACAGCUAUUUAAAUUUUACGUUCUGUAAUUUAUUAAAGAUCAGACUGGCACUUCAAAAAUUCAUUGUUUACUUGAACCAUAAUAAUUGAUGUUACUCUCAAAUUUAUGUA